AUGGACAAGCGCCACCCCUCCAGCUUCCAGCAGCUGGAAAAGCUGGGCGAGGGCACCUACGCUACCGUCUUCAAAGGCCGCAAUGGCCAGACCGGCCAAUUCGUCGCUCUCAAGGAGAUCCACCUCGACAGUGAGGAGGGCACGCCCAGCACCGCCAUCCGCGAGAUUUCGCUCAUGAAGGAGCUCAAGCACGAGAACAUUGUCAGCCUGUACGAUGUCAUACACACCGAGAACAAGCUCAUGCUGGUCUUCGAGUACAUGGACAAAGAUCUCAAGAAGUACAUGGACAGCUACACGAAUCCUGUCGGGGGUGCACGCGGCGCCCUGGAUGCCGCCACUAUCAAGAGCUUCAUGUGGCAGCUGCUGCGCGGCAUUGCAUUCUGCCACGAGAACCGAGUGCUCCACCGUGACCUCAAACCUCAGAAUCUGCUCAUCAAUGCCCAGGGACAGCUGAAGUUGGGCGAUUUUGGAUUGGCGCGCGCUUUCGGCAUCCCUGUGAACACUUUCUCGAACGAGGUGGUUACCCUUUGGUAUCGUGCGCCGGACGUCCUGCUUGGCAGCAGGACAUACAAUACAAGUAUCGACAUCUGGAGCGCUGGCUGUAUCAUGGCGGAAAUGUUUACUGGCCGACCUCUGUUUCCUGGUACCACCAACGAGGAUCAGCUGCUCAAGAUCUUCCGCCUUAUGGGCACCCCUUCCGAACGCAGUUGGCCAGGUAUCAGCAGCUUCCCCGAGUACAAGCAGACAUGGCCAGUCUAUGCGACCCAGGAACUGCGCGCCUAUCUGCCUCAAGUCGACUCACUGGGACUACAACUGCUUGGCCAGCUGCUACAGUUGCGUCCAGAAAUGCGAUGCAGCGCACAGCAGGCUCUGGCGCAUCCGUGGUUCGCAGAGCUGAAUGCACGUUCACAACAAGCUGCCCAGGGUGGCUUCACACAGCCGCAAGGAAUGGCCGUGUCACAGCAGCGUGCCUACUAG